CACCGUAGGCUUGUGUUAUUUAUAAAUUGGUAUUGUAUACUUGCGUCUAUUGUUAUUGCUACUCCAUUACCUGGUCGCAUAUAUCCUGGUACAUCUCUAUACAAUAAAAACUACUACUCUUUUGAUACAUGUUUCUUUUUUUUACAGCAUGUGCAUAUUUAAGCAGCAAAAUUUAUUGCUUUGGAGGAGCUCUAGGUCGACUUCCAAAUUCUACAGACCCAAAUAUCUACUCUCUUAGUUUAGAUUACAGCACCCCUGUAUCCGUCAGCAGCAUGAACGCAAACUGGAAAGAAGUCCCUCUUAACAACUUUGACCCUGAGAAAAGAUACAGUCCUCAAUUUACAGCACUAUCCGACAGCAGGAGACUGUUCAUCAACAGCGGGGAUGCCACACACUUGAUAAAUCAAAACAUUGUAUUCGAUUCAUAUGACAAUACUUGGCAGAAACUACCAGACUUUUCUGAUGAUAAACAAAGAGCUAAUGGAUGUGCAGUAAGUGUGCCUUCAAAUACAGGUGAUACUAUUAUUGUGUUCGGUGGUCAAGCGAUAGAAGUGUCCCCAAUGGUUAUUGGAAAUAAAACGUAAGAGAAAACAUAUACAUGCCAGAAAACACUCCAAAACGGUAUACUGUAGCAGUGAGUCUCAUACUGGUCUACCUUUACUCAACAGCACAAUAUAUUACACUUCAUCCCAGACUUGGGCAUAUCUUUCACCGCAAAUCAAUGUACCAC